AUCCAGCCCGGCUCAGAGCUGAUUCCUCCUCCCCUGCCAGCAGCCGGACGAGCCGAGGGCGACGGUGCAGAGCGGGGGACACGAGCACGCAGGGUGCCACUUCUGCAGCCCGGACACCAGGGUGCUGCUGGGGAAGCUCCUCCAGCGCUGCGAGAAGCUCGAGGAGCAGGUGGAGUCCCUGGCCCAGAAGGCGGGCGGCAAGGUGGACAAUUAUCCGAAGUGGAGGAGACAGGUAAGGAGAUGCGGUGUAGGGGGCUUGAGCUGCCAGGACCCCCCAGGCAUUUCUGCUUGGCUGUAACGUAGGGGAGCCCCUCGCUGCCCCCCUAAUUGGCUUGUCGGAGUCAGAAGAACGGAAGGGAAUUAAAGCCUUGGAGCAAAUGUCCUGCUUGCACUGAGAGCCCGUGGCCAUCAGCCAAAAUACCCUGGGUCUGCCCCCGUGGGGCAGCCACCCCCUUGCUCAGCACCGCCUUGUCCUCUUAGUCCCUGCAGCAGGACGAGCAGAUCAAGUGCCUCCAGGCCAGCAUCAUGCAGCUCCAAAAGGACUAUGAGAAGUUCAGCUCGGCCCUUGCAAACCUCCAGCAGGAUCGUCAGCAGGAGCAGAAUGACAUCAAGGCUCUGUCCCAGGCCCUGGAGAGAAUCAAGAAGCAGAAAGCAGACAAGGAGGAGCUGCUGGUGCUGGGAAUCGAUGAGAAAGCAGACAAAGACAAAGUCAGUCGCAGCCAGUUUGAGGCGUGCGUGGAGCAGCUGAACAAGGUGAUGGAGGAGGUGACGGUCCAGGAGAAGUUCUUGCACCGGUUCCAGCAAGAGCUCCAGAGGCAGAUGGACUGCAAGCUGGACCGCCGGGAGCUGGGGGCAUUCCAGCAGCAGCAGGAGGAGCGGUGGAAGAGCCUCAGCGGGCAGCUCCAGGAGAAGGCGCUGAAGCCAGAGCAUGACAGUGCCGCUGGGAUUAGGAAGUGAGUGCGAUGGGGACAGUGGUGGCUUUGGCAGUGCUGGCCCUGUUCCUGCUGGCUGUCCCGGCUCGUGCCGGUGUGGUACCUGGCGUGGGAGCCAUGUGGGCAGCGCCCCUGGGGAUGCUGAGCAAGUGGCUGUGCCUUGUGCUCCUGCCAGCUGCAGCUUCGCAGCGAUAGAGGCGGCACAAUGAGGGGGCACGUGUGGGAGGAGCCCUCCUGAACCAGUCUUGGGGGGUGGGUGCAGAGGCUUUUUGUGGCUGGUGUGCAGGUGGGGCUGUGCCCCCCAGGAGCUCCCCAGCCCUUUUCUCCCCCCUCCAGGCAGCUGCUGCCUGGUUUCCAUUGCCUGUCCUGUGACCGGCCCCUCAACAUGCUGGC